AUGAACAUAUCAACAUAUACUCCAGAAUAUUUUGAGUGCAAUUUUACGCAAUCAUUCAAUGAAGCAUUUAGGAGAGGUAUGCUACAGGCAACUGCUAUUUUCAUGUUGAUAGUUGGAAUAGUCGGUUCAUUAUCCAAUAUCCUUUUUAUUUACAUCUUGCUGGAACAAAAUAUACGUAAAUCACGGAACAAUAUCUAUGUGAUCACUCUUUGCGUUGCUAGUAUAAUGAUUGCAAUCAUCAUUGUCCCUUCACUUGGUAUCUCCUCACUGGCAGAUGACUGGGUGUUUGGUGAAUCAGGAUGUGUUCUGCAUGGAUUUGCCAUGACAACAUUAGGUCUAUUUCAAAUCUUCAUUUUGACAGUAAUGUCAUUCGAAAAGUACAUCAUUAUGGCGAAGAAAAGCUUGGAGCGACUUUUAUCCAGAACUGGAACAACUUAUACUAUUAUAGCCUGUGUAAUACUAGCACUGUUUCUAGGAUGCUCUCCACUUCUCGGAUGGAGCUCUUAUAAGUUGGAGGAACAAAAGACGUCCUGUACUAUUGACUGGUCCGACCGCAGUCCGUCGGCUUUGUGUUACACGUUUCUCUUAAUGGUGCUGGGACUUGUGCUUCCUGUUGCCAUCAUGCUUUUCUCGUACAUCAAUAUUUUUCUCGUAAUACGAACCCACAGGCACAAACUGGGUCAAACAUUACGUAACAACGGUAAAUGCUACGAAAAUAUGCUGAAAAGAGAAAUAAAGGUGAUAAAAACAAUGUUUAUUCUUGUAUGUGCUUUCAUUGUUUCCUGGCUCCCAUACUCUGCCAUUUCAUUGUACGCAGUUUUUGAUGACGUCACCAUUAAUCCCGUUUUGGGUAUGCUGCCAGCUCUAUUUGCCAAAGCGUCAGUCAUCUGGAAUCCGAUUAUAUACAUGUUCAUCAACCAGUCCUACAAGAAAGUGUUAAAGGAGAAGAUAUCCCUGUAUGCUCCGGCGGCUUGUACUAAAUGUCAGUGUAUAUGCCUAAGGAGAGGCGACAACACCGCUGCAGUGGGCGAUACAGCGAUUGCAGUCAACGGAAGUUUUAUAAUCGCUUACCAUGAAUAA